GUGGAUAGUGGGCUCUGCGGAUAACUCAGACGCCAUUAAGCUGAGAAAUCCAAAGCCUGAAUGCUUCCUAAAAGAAGGACGCAUUUUAGGUAAGAUCUAGUGGCUAGAUCUUCAGAAUGGGCGUCGUUCUUGUGGAAAUCAGUUAAGAAAGAUCGGAUUCGCGGUUAUUUAAGCAAAUCAUCUGGGUGGAUUGUAUACAGAGUUAAAGAAACUGCGCCUUCUGGACCGGGUCUGAACAAUGGAGACUGCGCUAGCAAAAACGCCACAGAAAAGGCAAGUUAUGUUUCUUGCUAUACUGUUGCUUUUGUGGGAGGCUGGCUCUGAGGCAGUUAGGUAUUCCAUACCAGAAGAAACAGAAAGUGGCUAUUCUGUGGCCAACCUGGCAAAAGACCUUGGUCUUAGGGUGGGGGAACUGGCCACUCGGAGCGCGCGAAUCCAUUACAAAGGAGACAAAGAGCUCUUGCAGCUUGAUAUAAAGACCGGCAAUUUGCUUCUAUAUGAAAAACUAGACAGGGAGGUGAUGUGCGGGACGACAGAACCCUGUAUAUUGCAUUUCCAACUCUUACUAGAAAACCCAGUGCAGUUUUUUCAAACUGAUCUGCAGCUCACAGAUAUAAAUGACCAUUCUCCAGAGUUCCCAGAGAGGGAAAUGCUCCUAAAAAUCCCAGAAAGCACCCAGCCAGGGACUGUGUUUCCUUUAAAAAUAGCCCAGGACUUUGACAUAGGUAGCAACACUGUUCAGAACUACACAAUCAGCACAAAUUCCCACUUUCAUGUUGCUACUCAUAAUCGCGGAGAUGGCAGAAAAUACCCAGAGCUGGUGCUGGACAAAGCUCUGGACCGGGAGGAGCGGCCUGAGCUCAGCUUAACACUCACUGCACUGGAUGGUGGUGCUCCGCCCAGGUCUGGGACCACCACAGUUCGCAUUGUCGUCUUGGACAAUAAUGACAACCCCCCUGAAUUUUUGCAAUCACUCUAUGAGGUACAGGUGCCCGAGAACAGCCCCCUUAACUCCUUAGUUGUCGCUGUCUCCGCCCGAGAUUUAGAUGCAGGAGCGUACGGAAGUGUAGCCUAUGCUCUAUUCCAAGGCGAUGAAGUUACUCAACCAUUUGCAAUAGACGAAAAAACAGGAGAAAUUCGCCUGAAAAGGGCAUUGGAUUUCGAGGCAACUCCGUAUUAUAACGUGGAAAUUGUAGCCACAGAUGGUGGGGGCCUUUCAGGAAAAUGCACUGUGGCUAUAGAAGUGGUGGAUGUGAAUGACAACGCCCCUGAACUCACCAUGUCGACGCUCUCCAGCCCUACCCCAGAAAAUGCCCCAGAAACUAUAGUUGCUGUUUUCAGUGUUUCUGAUCCAGACUCCGGGGACAACGGUAGGAUGAUUUGUUCCAUUCAGAAUGAUCUCCCCUUUCUUUUGAAGCCCACAUUAAAAAACUUUUACACCCUAGUGACACAGAGAACACUGGACAGAGAAAGCCAAGCCGAGUACAACAUCACUAUCACCGUCACCGACUUGGGGACACCCAGGCUGAAAACCGAGCACAACAUAACCGUGCUGGUUUCCGACGUCAAUGACAACGCCCCCGCCUUCACCCAAACCUCCUACACCCUCUUCGUCCGUGAGAACAACAGCCCCGCCCUGCACAUCGGCAGUGUCAGCGCCACAGACAGAGAUUCAGGUACCAACGCCCUGGUCACCUACUCGCUACUGCCGCCCCAGGACCCUCACCUGCCCCUUGUCUCCCUGGUCUCCAUCAACGCAGACAACGGCCACCUGUUCGCCCUCAGGUCGCUGGACUACGAGGCCCUGCAGGCGUUCGAGUUCCGCGUGGGCGCCACAGACCGCGGCUCCCCGGAGCUGAGCAGCGAGGCGCUGGUGCGCGUGCUGGUGUUGGACGCCAACGACAACUCGCCCUUCCCUCCGCGCUCGGCCACUGCCACGCUGCACGUGCUCCUGGUGGAUGGCUUCUCCCAGCCCUACCUGCCGCUCCCGGAGGCGGCCCCGGCCCAGGCCGAGGCCGACUGGCUCACCGUCUACCUGGUGGUGGCAUUGGCCUCGGUGUCGUCGCUCUUCCUUUUGUCGGUGCUCCUGUUCGUGGCGGUGCGGCUGUGCAGGAGGAGCAGGGAGGACUUAGUGGGUCGCUGCUCGGUGCCCGAGGGCCCCUUUCCAGGGCAUCUGGUGGACGUAAGCGGCACCGGGACCCUGUCCCAGAGCUACCAGUACGAGGUGUGUCUGACCGGAGACUCAGGGACCGGCGAGUUCAAGUUCCUGAAGCCUAUUAUUCCUAACCUUUUGCCCCAGGGCACUGGUGAAGAAAUAGGGAAAACUGCCGCCUUCCGGAAUAACUUUGGAUUAAAUUAGAGAUCUCGUUAUGACACAUUGUUUUCUGCCAUUUAUCCCAAACUUUUUCAGAUCUAGAAUUCGAGAGUGUCAUGGACAAAAAUUUCACCUUGAGAUUUAGCUUUUAUUUCCCUUUUUAAUGGAUUUGUCUGCUGAACUUUAUUCUGUCCAAGUAUUGAAAACUCAAUUUUAUUUCAUUGCAUUUAUUUACAUAGGGUCAUUCCAAAUCCAUGCAUGCUGUUGAUUUUCCUGAGAUAUUUUUCUCUUCUUGUUGGUACUUGUUGUGAUAAACCAUCUUAAUAAAAUCAAAUAUUAAUUUUA